AUGUCUGCGGCCCCCCAAAGAGACACGCUGAUGUGGGACUCGUCCGAGUUCGCCAAAACAUACACGUCAGCAGAGACAGUUACUGGGCCCUAUGCACAGGAUCUAGUCGUUCGUACAAUCCUCCCGGAUCUCGACAAUGACAAUGACUUGGUCGUGCUCGAUCUAGCAUGCGGGACGGGUGUCGUGGCUGCCAAGUUGAUGGACAUGCUAGGCCACAGCCAGCGCCAGAGUGAGAGCGAUAGUAGCGACAAAGGCGAUGGUGAAGGUGAAGAGAAACCAACAUCGUCCGGUCCAAGACUGCGGAGCCUAACCUGCUCCGACUUCGCCGACGCCAUGGUCGACGCCGUCGCUCACCGCAUCGAGGCUUGCGGAUGGCCGAAUGCGAAAGCCAUCAAAGCCGAUGCCAUGGACACCAACCUCCCCAGCGCCGAGUAUACACAUAUCUUGAUGAAUUUCGGUCCGAUGCUGCUCCCGGACUGGCGCGCCGGACUGCGCGAGAUGCACCGCAUGCUUCGCCCCGGCGGCACACUUGGUCUUGCCUCGUGGAAGAAGGUCGGUUGGUAUGCCGACGUGCGCGAUGCCUUUGCGACGGACCCCGACCUCCCGGCCAUGGGCACCGAAGAGGGGUUGCGCAAGUUCAUGUCUCCGGAUGGAUGCUGGGAUGAUGAAGGGUGGGUCAAGCAGAUCCUGGAGGGUGCUGGGUUUGGAAAUGUCGUUGUCGAGGUUGUCCCCCAUACCAGUGUGUGGGCGGGUGUGGAUGAGUUCUUGCCUAUGAUUAGAGGGUCGGUGGGCUUUGCGAUAAGCGGUGCUUGGAGCAAGGAGCAGCAGGUCAAACAUGGUGAGCGGGCAAAGAGUGUUGUUGAGAGUUUCAUGAGAGAGAAGUAUGGGGCUGGUGAGAUCAGCUGGGAGUGGAUUGCUAUUCUUACCACGGCGAAGAAGCUGGGGUAA